GACAUGGCGGAACAGGUGGAAUUGUCGCGUCUGGACAAAUUUCCGACUCACUUGAGUCCGCUGGACGUUUUAAUCUCUAGAUCCAGAUUCAACUCCGUCUUCCAGAACCACACGGAAAACACCUCGACCCUCAUCUUCACCCCGCAGCGACACCACGGCCCCGGAAAACCGGGACUCCUGGUCUGCGUCCACCGAAUGGAGGAGGAGGAGGAGGAGGAGGAUUCCAACAAACCCCUCAAACUUUUCACCUCCGUCUUUUUCCUGCAGCAUUACGGGUUGCAGAACCGGAGCCGGGGGUCCGUCCGCUCCCUGGAGCCGGUCUCUUUGACCCGAGUGGUGCUCGGAGCUCGGAGCAGGGGGUGUUUCAAGUGGGCCAGCUCCGACCGGUUCUCCGCCGGGCUGCUGCUCCUCGCGUCCUGUCCGGGACGGAGGCUGCUGGUCCGGGAGGGAGACCCGCUUCUGCUCCCUCAUCAAGGGGCUCCGCCAGCGGAGGACGUGGCGCAGGGUGUGGGUCGGGGUCAGGAUGUGGAUCUGGAGGUGUUGGAGUGCAGCCCGGUGAUCCAGGGAGUCAUCACGGCCAACACUGCCGUGGUGGUGACGGACUCCUCGGGGAGUAUGGACCGAACCGUCGCGGCGACUUCCUCCUCCUCUAAAGCCGUGACUGAAUUGUUCUUCUCAGAUUUUGCGCACUACGCCGGCGGGCUGGGCGGAGCCGGGUCAUUGCUCGCCCACAGCAGGCUGCUGGGCUCCGGGUUCUCCGGGUUCCUCCAGGCGCUGGAAUGCCGGCUGGAGGUCCGGGUGGUCCAGUGUCCCGGGGUUCGGGAUGUAGACCGGGACAGCGCCGUCUUCGUCAGCAGACAGCUGCUCCUCAGACUGGGCAUGUUUGACCGGGAGUGGGUGGUUCUGUCCGGGGAUGGACCUGCUGCAACGCCGCGAGGUCAGACGAACGGGUGGAGGAAAGUCCACCUGGCUGCAGUCGUGGUUUCGGAUUUUAAGCACAGUACCGAACCGGAAGUCCAGGACGACGUCGGGUUCAUAUCCGGAACUCACUGGUUCAACCUGACGCAGGGAGAAGCGGUCCCCGUCGGUACCAGGACUCUAAGGAUCAAGAGAUGGAAGCAGACUUCUCCUCAGGCAGGCGCCCGGCUGUCCGAAAGCUUCUGCCGGUUGGCGUCCCCCCCGUUUGCCAGGGAGCUUCACAUCGAGCCAGUUGUCUCUCCGGAGUACAGCGCCCACGUCUGCUGCGACGCCCUGCUGUGUGCCCACUUCACCCUACCAAGACUGGUGACUCUUGGUGAUGUUCUGACCAUUCCUGCCGAAGCCCAUCCAGAGAUGCUGGAAAGCAGCUCUGAGGGAGCCAACAGGUGGCCUGUACGGUACUUCAGAGUGAAGAAGGUGUGCGGCUCUGCAGAGAGAGAGGAAGAGGAUGGGGGAGGAUCUUACCUGGCAGACCGGUUGCAUACGUCCUUGUACACGGCAGGGUCCUCCAAUAGCCCGGUUCCGUACUGUUCUGCUGGCGAUGGAGGGUCGCUGUGGGACAGCCUUUCACCACCCGGCCUCAAAAACACUGUGGACCAAGUCGUCGCCAUUAUCCUCCCAUACAUCAACCACAGCUGUGCCGCUCUCAGCAGCUGUACGGUCCUCAUCCAGGGACCACGGGGCAGCGGGAAGGUCACCGCCGUCAGGGCCGCCAGCAGGAGGCUCCACCUGCAUCUGUUUAAGGUGGACUGUGUGAGUGUGUGUGCAGACACUGCUGCAGCCUGCGAGGCCAAGCUGAAGUCAGUCUUCCAGAGAGCCGAAGCCCAUCAACCCUGCGUCCUCUUGCUAAGGAACCUGCAGCUCCUGUGCCAACCUAGAGAGGGUGCUGAGGAGGACGCCAGGAUCCUGGCCUCGCUCUGCCAGCUGCUCUCCAGCACCCCCAGCAGCGUGGUGGUCGUCGCGACAGUCAGCCGGCCUCGCGACCUCCCUGCAGGCAUCAUGGCAGGGUUUGUCCACCAGGUGUCAGUGCAGAGUCCCAGCGAGGAGGACCGCCGGGCCAUGCUGGUUGGCCUCAGCCGAGACCUCCCACUGGGGAGAGACGUGAGCCUGGAACUCCUCGCAAAACAUACAGCAGGUUUUCUGCUGGGAGAUCUUGGCGCCCUGCUGGUUGAGGCUGGCAGAACUGCCCGCAGACGACUCCUCCAGACCUGUUCUGUUCAGGGGCCUGGGGACCCGGCCCAGCUGGAGGUGGUCCUGCGUUCCAGUGGGGUGACGAUCCGGGCCCAAGAUUUCACCGCGGCCCUGGACAACCUGCAGAACGCCUACGCCCAGAACAUCGGGGCCCCGAAGAUCCCCAGUGUACGCUGGCAGGAUGUGGGCGGUUUGCAGGAGGUGAAGAAAGAGAUCCUGGACACAGUUCAACUUCCGCUGGAGCGUCCAGAACUCCUCACGCUGGGUCUGCACCGCGCUGGACUCCUCCUGUACGGCCCACCAGGCACUGGGAAGACCCUGCUGGCAAAAGCUGUGGCCACUGAGUGCUCAAUGACCUUCCUCAGUGUGAAAGGCCCAGAGCUCAUCAAUAUGUAUAUUGGACAAAGUGAGCAGAACAUCAGAGAAGUCUUCUCCAAAGCACGAGCUGCUGCUCCCUGCGUCAUCUUCUUCGAUGAGCUGGACUCUCUGGCACCCAGCAGGGGGCGCAGUGGAGAUUCUGGCGGGGUUAUGGACCGGGUGGUGUCGCAGCUGGGAGCAGAGAUGGAUGCUCUGCAGUUGUCCGGCGGGGUGUUUGUGAUCGGGGCGACCAACCGACCGGACCUACUGGACCAGUCCCUGCUCCGGCCAGGAAGGUUUGAUAAACUCGUCUACGUCGGGAUCAACACGGACAGAAGCUCUCAGCUUCAGGUUCUCAAAGCCAUCACCAGGAAGUUCCACCUGGACCCUGGUGUCAGUCUGCAGGAGGUGGUGGAGCGUUGCCCUCCCCAGCUGACCGGUGCCGACCUCUAUGCCCUCUGCUCAGAUGCCAUGAUGGCUGCCAUCACGCGGAAGAUCGCCCUUAUCACCAGAGGCCUGGAGACAGAGGAGUCUCCUCUCCUGCUCUCUGCAGAAGACUUCACCAGCGCCCUGGAAAACCUCCAGCCAUCGGUCUCUGAUGGGGAGCUGCUCAGAUAUCAACAUAUUCAGCAGACACUGGCUGCAAAGUAACGCACACCUCCUCCCAGGCCAGGAAGCAGGAGCCGCUCCAUCUGCACUUCACAGUGGCUGGUAAAUCCUGGGUGCACCAGGCGUUUCACUCUCCUGCCAACCAGCGACAUGGUGGUGAGAGUAACACCUUCACAUGAUGGCUGGUUUCCUCUUGUACUGGGCGAUAGAUUAUACUGGUUUUGCAGACCCAGCCAGAAGGUUCCCAGUUUGUUGCUGGGUGCUGAGGGUCUUGUUUCCCAGUGUGGUUUCAGUUUCACAGGGCGAUCUUCAGCGGUCAGAUAUUAAAAUCCAAUCUCACUUUUGGAGAGAUUGUCGAAAAAUAUUGUAAAUAUGCUUAAAGUUGUAAUUCUAAUAUAACAAUGCUUUCGUUGUUGUUGAGUUUGACGGAUUGUAUAGUGUUUAAACUGUAAGCUCUCGCAAUAAUAAACACAGUCGCACAUCUAAA